ACGAACGGUUGCGGAGCUGUGAGUACCAAACUCUCAGCGGGUCUAAGCCAAGCCAACAUCUACUGCCCAGUGGGGUCUAACGGGCCUUCAUCAGCCGUCCGAGACCACCGACACCGGCGUCUCGAGCUCAGGCGACACCUCGUCGCCGUCCGAUCGGAUCGGACCCCAGACGUGCUUUCUGGUUGGAUCCACACUCUCGCGGUGCAGCUGUUUCAGUAGCCGAAAUUGGGGAAUUUUUCAGCGGGGGCGAUUAUUCACCAGAAAUGAAUGUGAGCCAGGGUGCGGUGCAUCCUAUGGAGGCGCCGCCGUCACAAACGGAGGGCGCGGCGAACUUGCCGUUGCCGCGCGUCAGGAUGAAGGAUCUGCAAGGCAUGCCGGGUACGGUGGGGGGAUUGUUGCUUCGUGUGUGUCAGUUGUUGUUCGCAGUUGUGGCGCUCUGCGUUAUGGCGACCACGAGCGACUUUCCUUCAGUCACCGCCUUCUGCUACCUUGUUGCUGCUACUGGUUUGCAGAGCUUGUGGAGCAUCGUAUUGGGUUUAGCUGAUGCAUAUGCACUUCUUGUAGGGCGCCGGUUGCAGAACCCCCGAAUUGUUAGUUUAUUUGCUGUUGGUGAUGGGGUAACCUCUACGUUAACAUUUGCGGCAGCGUGCGCAUCUGCAGGCAUCACAGUGCUAAUCGGCAAUGAUCUGGGAGCGUGUGGCAGCAAUCACUGCGCAGAGUUUGAAACUGCUACGGCCAUGGCCUUCCUCAGCUGGUUUGUCGCCUUGCCUUCAUUUUUGCUAAAUUUCUGGUCAUUGGCAUCGCGAUGAUUGUGGUUAUGAUUAUGAUUAUGGCUGGCUAAGUAAGGUAUUAUUAUGAAUGAUGGGUAGGUUUGUGUAAUCUAUGAUUUGAUGAGGGGGUGUGAGUGUGAGCAAUGGUGUUUGUGUACAAACAAACAAACAAACAAAAGUGAAAAUAGAUGACAUUCACUCACUGACUGUGAUGUGUAUAAAAUUUUAAAAUGUAAUCAAUUGCUUAGAGACGUGCAGUGUUGUGUGUUCUGUGCGUUUUAUUUUUUCAUAGCAUGUUGGGUCGUAGGAGAAACUACUCAAGUGAAAGAUUUCUUGCUAGGUUAAUUUUAGUUUACUUUGACUGAUUA